AUGGGUUCUAAUCGUGGCUCCACCACUUGUCAGGAGCUUAUCAGGGCUCCGACCUUAACCCUGUCAGGGCAGAUCAGCUGGCAGACCGUGCAGUUUCAGAAUAUUCAGAGCCUUCCAAAUCUGCAAGUUCAAAACGCCGGGCUACCGCAGCAGCUAACCAUCACCCCCGUGUCUUCAAGCGGCGGCACGACUCUUGCCCAGAUCACCCCCGUGGCCGUGGCUUGUUCCCUGAUUACACUGAACUCCACUCAGCUUGCAUCAGUGCCUAACCUUCAAACGGUCAGCGUUGCCAACCUGGGGGCUGCGGGCGUGCAAGUGCAGGGAGUUCCCAUUACGAUCACUAGUGUUUCAGGCCAACAGCAAGGACAAGAUGGAGUAAAAGUGCAACAAGCUACAAUAGCUCCUGUAACUGUAGCAGUCGGAGGUAUUGCUAAUGCAACAAUUGGUGCUGUGAGUCCUGACCAAAUCACGCAAGUGCAGUUGCAACAAGCCCAACAAACUUUGGAUCGAGAGGUUCAGCCUGGCAAGAGGUUAAGAAGAGUUGCCUGCUCAUGUCCUAAUUGCCGAGAAGGGGAAGGAAGAGGCAGUAAUGAACCAGGAAAAAAGAAACAGCGUAUCUGCCACAUUGAAGGAUGUGGGAAAGUGUAUGGCAAAACAUCUCAUCUCCGAGCACAUCUUUGGUGGCAUACUGGUGAAAGAUCAUCUGUGUGCAACUGGAUGUUUUGUGGCAAAAGAUUUACAAGAAGCGAUGAACUGCAAAGACAUAGAAGAACCCACACAGACCAUCUGAAAGGCCUCAGCAUUGCGCUGGUCAAAUUUUUCCUGGGUCAUUACCUCCCAUCUGGAGGCUCUCACUCCAGGACAUCCAGGAAAUCCAACCAUAAACAAGACCUCAUUGCCAAAACGGCUCUUAUGGAGCAGGAAGACUAUGCUAUGUCCGACUGGUCGCCAGGCUUGAUCCGCAUCUCUGGCUACCAUUCCAUCCAGAAGCAACCAAUGCAUGAUUCAUUUCCUUCGGUACUUCUGACAUGGUCUGGCCUGGGCGCCAUUGCAUUGAUGUCCCAAGUGGUGGUCAUCUUGAGAGGCCAAAAAGCUGCAAACUUCACCACAGCUUGUAAUCACCUUAAUGGAAGCAAUCACUACCACACGUCACAACUGAACAACCAGAACAUUUGCAGGCUCUUCCAACAACUGCACGCCUCUGGUGACUACAUGGCCAAAGGCAGAAUUCAAACUUCAAGAAAUCCUCAAAAUCUGUCUGUUAGCCUGUUUUAUGUCUCUUUUACAUUCCUUGAAAAAUCAGUCAAGGUGAUCCCUUACUUUCCCCCAAACUAUCCAGCCUCGAAAAUGAAAACACCUUCAAGUACACUCCUCUAUAAAGAAGGACCUGGAUUCCCCAGGGCUACCGCAUGGAAAUGGCUUCAACUCUCUCCCGCCAUCAAAGCCUUUGAGGACUAG